GCUAAGGAAGUUGGCAAGGUUUCCGUGUGUCCAUUAGGAUCUGGCUGCAACUCAGCCUGGGCUCAGACCUUGUCCAGGGCCCCAGAGGCUGCCUGGAGGGUCCUGAAGGCAGCAGCAGUGUUACCAGACAGGGCACCUGGGCAGUUCCUCCUGGAUCUCUUCCUGCUGUCCCCCAAAGAGGCCGAGCCCUGAUUAACAACCAGCAGCUGUUCGGCCAGAAGUUCACCAUGCUGAUGAGACAGAUGGAGCUCUGGCAUGGCGUAGUCAUUGCAAUCGUGUCCUUCUUCCUCCAGGCCUGUCUCCUCCUGGCCAUCACUUACCUGCUCACCAGACACAUGGCUUACCAGAGUGAGCAGAUACUGAAGGAGAUCAGGCUCCAGGCCCAGCGGUCCAGAUCUGCCCAUCGCCGCCAUUCACCGGCUGCCAAGGAGACAAAGGAGACCACAACAGAACAGGGCACCCCUGCAUCUGCUCCCUGUUUCAGAUAUGACAGCCAUACAUCCUCAGACAGCUUGGACAGCUCCCCUCCCACGGCCCAGGCCACCAAGGACGUGAAUUACACACAAGUGUUCUUCUCAGCAAAUGGAGGACGAAAUAAAGACCCUGCCUGGGACUAUGAGGACAUAAAGGAAGCCACAGACUAUGUCAAUGUUAUCCCCAAAGGUCAUAAACCCCAAUUAUGGACUAUCAUGAAGCCUGCCAUCUCUGAGCCUGUGGAAUACACUAAAGUGGCCAUGUGAA